CCAGAGCGUUUCAAAUCAUUCCAUGCGUCUUGACAACUCUUACAUUUCAUGCAAUUUGGCUCUGCUCUCAAACCAAGUAUGUUCCGUUACCCCCACCUAACUCUCACUUCAGCCUCUUUCUUCCUUUCCUCGAAUAUUCGCUUCACCCUAUUAAUUUCUCCACCCACACAAAGAAACUCCUCCGAAUUUGUGAGCCCAUCAUAAAACAGAAGAUCAAGGGGCUUUUACCAAGCUCACAUGGCGAACACUGAUGAAGCAACUGAAGUGGCAUCCCCAGAAGAACACAAACGAUCAGAGCCUGGUUUUGGUCAUGUGGGUGCUCGGCUUAACAAGUUCACGCUCUUAUGCGCUCUUUUGGCCUCCACAAACUCCAUUCUACUGGGCUAUGAUAUUGGUGUCAUGAGUGGGGCAGUACUAUACAUCAAAGAAAACCUCAAAAUCACAUCAGUCGAAGAGGAAAUUUUGGUGGGUACCUUAAACGUGUUUUCUUUAGUGGGAUCACUUGCUUCUGGUAAAACUUCUGAUUAUAUAGGCAGGCGUUACACUAUAGUCUUGGCCGCAUCAACAUUUCUAAUAGGUGCACUUCUAAUGGGUCUAGCUCCAUCAUUUGCAUUCCUCAUGGCGGGCCGCAUAGUCGCUGGCAUCGGCGUCGGCUACUCCCUUAUGAUCUCACCUGUCUACACAGCUGAGAUCUCCCCAGCCAUGUCUCGUGGCUUCCUCACUUCACUCCCAGAAUUCUUCAUCACUUUUGGUAUCCUAUUUGGUUACAUUGUCAACUAUGCCUUAGCAAGUUUGCCUCCACACAUAAAUUGGAGAAUAAUGUUGGGCCUUGCAGCAAUACCAUCAAUUGUCAUUGCUUUAGGGGUGAUAGCAAUGCCUGAGUCCCCUCGUUGGCUCGUCAUGCAAGGUCGAGUAGACCAAGCUAAAGAGGUUUUAAUUAAAACCUCAAACACCACAGAAGAAGCUGAAUUGAGACUUGAGGAAAUAACCAAAGCCGCAUUGUCAAAUAAUGGUAGCCCAGACUCGGCCCAACAAAACAAUUGGCGUGGACAAGGAGUUUGGAAAGAACUUUUGUUGAGGCCCUCUAGGCCCAUUAGAAGGAUGCUAAUUUCUUCCAUAGGAAUGAACUUUUUUAUGCAAGCUUCUGGGAACGACGCCGUUAUAUAUUACUGCCCUGAAGUGUUCAAGGCAGCUGGGAUUCAUAAUAAGAAAGAGCUUUUUGGUGUUAAUGUGAUCAUGGGCCUUGCAAAGACAUCUUUUGUGUUGUUUUCGGCCUUUUAUUUGGACAGGUUUGGUAGGCGGCCCCUUUUGUUAGUGGGCUCAGCUGGGAUGGCUAUAUCUUUAGCUGGGCUUGGUUUGGGCUCUAAGUUUCUUGACCAUUCAGAUAGUAAAGCAUCAUGGGCCAUUGUGUUAAGCAUUGUGGCUGUGUGUGCUGAUGUUUCCUUCUUUUCACUUGGGCUGGGGCCCAUUACAUGGGUGUACUCGUCAGAGAUAUUUCCUAUGUGGUUACGGGCCCAAGGUACGAGCCUGGCCAUAUCGGUGAACAGGUUGGUGAGUGGGGUGGUGUCAAUGUCGUUUUUGAGCAUUUCCAAGAAGAUAACAUUUGGGGGAAUGUUUUUUGUGCUAUCGGGAAUAAUGGUGGUGGCCACUGUGUUCUUUUAUGUGUUUAUUCCAGAGACAAAGGGCAAGACCUUAGAAGAAAUAGGAGCUCUAUUUGAGGAUAAAGAUACAAAGAAUGAUAAGGAGGGAAGGGAAAUGACAGUAGUGUAGCCUUUUUU